UAAACGAUAACAACCACCGGGGAAUGGGUUAAGAUUAGAGAAUAUUGGAAGCGCAAAGUUUAUCGACGAUCCAUUGAAAUUAUCGGGCCCGUCGAUCUUUUACCCUUCUGAGAUCGUGCAGCACGAAUUGACCAUGAAACUACUACAAGGGGCCACCAUUGCCAGCUCGUUUCUGUCUAUUUUAUCUAUCAAAGAUUGAAAAUAAUGGAAAAAAGAAAAAGAUAUUUUAUAUAUAUAUAUAUACACAUAUGUAUGUAUUUACGUAUGUGUGUGUAUGUGUGUGCAUGUAUACGGUAUUGUGUUUCGAUAUUGUCACUAAAUUUCUUAUCGAUUUUAUUACGUAUUCGAAAGGACGGUCAAAGUCGAAAUGAAACGAAAUGUAACGUAACUAAACGAAAUCAUCGAGUUGUGCGUUGAAAUAAAAUUUCGAUUAUAGAGAAACAUUCGUUAUGAAGAACAACUCGAGCGGAGGUGUUUGUGUGUGAACGUUCGAAGGAGAGGAAAAAGGAAAAUAACAAAAUUUUAUCAAGGAUGUCGUGCAGAAAGAAAAUCGAUUCGAAGCUUUGGCUCAAUUACACGCAGGCGAGAGUUUAAAGGAACGUUAGAUCUUCCCAAAAAAAAAAAAAAAAAAAAAAAAAACGUAUGCAUUUAACGUGUAGACUAUAUAACAAGGAAGCUAAUCCGACACACGACGCAUAUUAGGUGUAGUAAAUAAACCGGAUGUACCGAUAUGCGUUGUUCAUAAAGAUUACCAUCGACGAUGGUGCAAUUCAAAUACACCGAGGACGUUUAUAUCGAGGAGAACCGAAUUUGCAUUAGGAACGAUUGUUAUGAGACGAUUGAAGAGUCCCUAUUAUCGUUUUUAUUUUGCAACGAUGUUGAGCGUACGACAUCGUUCUCGAAAGAAAGAAAGAAACGAAGGAAGAAAGAAAGAAAGAAAGAAAGAAAGUAAGGAAGAAGCAAGUGAAGACGAGACAACAACGACGAUGACGACAACGACGACGACGACUGUAUCAAAAGUAUACCAGGCCAAGCCAGGCCAAACUAUACCGCCUAACAGAACCGUACAGCAUUCAACAAAAAUGUCCUAUAUGUGUUAUGAUAGUAUGGAAACUUUUUCCCAUCCGUUCGAUCAAAUUUCCUUUUUAUUAUUUUAUAUUUUGAAAAAAAAAAAGAAGAAAAAAAAAAGAAAAAAAAAAGAAAGAAAUAAAAAGAAAAAUCUGUUCGUUUCUACUUUCAUAAGGAAAAAAUAAAGGCUGCGAGGAAAAAUCGAUUGAAUCGAUAUAUCUAAAUCUCAAUAUUACGAGCAAAAAAUUUCGACGAAGGACGAUAAUCGAAACAUUAUUAAAAGAAAAAAAGAAGAAAAAAAAAAAAAAAGAAAAAACAAAAUUAUACAUGUAUUAUUAUAAUAUACGAUGAUAUUUAUAACUGUGAUUUAAUAUUAAAAAGAGAAUGAUGAGAAGUGACAAAAUGAAAAAGGAAAGAUAAAUUCCCGAUUUAAUAUAGGAAUUGCACGAAUGAAUUCUCGAGCCAUUUCUCUAUCCGCUACUGUACACAACAGCAACUUAGGCUGCUGGCCUCGCCUAACCGCGCAUGCAGUCGUCUCACCUCUCUGCUGGCCUUUAUCGCUGCUCACCGCGUCCCUCAGUAUCCCCUCCCUUCCCUCAUUCGACUUACCUAGUCUCCCAACCCUACCCCACUCCGUCACAGACCCCACUCCUAACUCUUUCGAGGGAGUAUGCGCGUCGACUGGUCGCGCGAGCGAGUCCCGAACAGUUUCUCGACAGGAUUCGUGUGAUUUCGUCGUUUUUCGUUCGUAUUCGUCUCUUUCUCUCUCUCUCUCUCCCUCCCUCUCUCUCUCUCUCUCUCUCUCUCUCUCUCUUUCUCUCUCUCUCUCUCUCUCUCUCUCUCUUUCUCUCUCUCUCCCCCCUUAUUUCGCUAGGACUCGCGUGCGCGCCUGCGCCAGAGACAAAGAAUAUGUCAGCACCGGCAGUAGCAGCGGUCGAGUUAAGACUUUAAAAGAAAUAAAAAACGAAAAUAGACAGAGAAAGAGAUUAAGAUAAAGAUAAAUAAAGAAAAAGACAAAGAAUAUAAAGGAUGGAAACCGAGGUUCGAACGUUAAAGGAAGAAUUAGCUCAUACUCAAGAAACAUUAAAAGCUGCGACGAAAAGAUGUCGAGAUUUGGUGAGAGAAUUGGACAAUCGUACUGCAUUAUACGAAUCGGAAAGGACUUUAAGGGAUCAACAAUUAUCACGGAUUCUACGUGCUUUGUUGAUCCUAGAAGCACGACUGAAGCAAGAACAAAAGUCGAUUAGGCAGGUAUUAUGCGAAAAGGACAACGUUAUUAGGAAUCAACAAUUGGAAAUCGCUAGGCUAAGACGUUACACCAAAAAUUAUAUCAAAUCUAAACGUGAGCAGAUAUUAGGUAGGACAUCGGGUAUAAAGGUCAACAUUGGUCCUAACGUUGAUAAGAGUUCUUCGUUGGAGAAGACUGAAAAACUCGAGAAUGAAAUCGACUCGAGACAAGACGACGAUGAUCUCAGUAAAGAGAUCGAGAAUCUCAAGUGUGAAAUUAUUACGAAACUCGAUUCUUCGGAGGUAAUACCAGUAGCUUUGGAAAACUUGGAUCGUGGGAUAAAGAAGACGUAUAGUUUUGCGGGUAGUGAUGUCUCAAAGACGAGUAUGACAAGUAGCGAAAAUACUGAUGUAUCUAUCGUUACUACUACAACGGAGGGGAGUCCAUCAUUGAUCAGUACGGAAGGAUUUUGCGAGGGUGAGAGUACGGAUGUAUCGCCGGGUUCGACCUUGAACAAAUCGAAUAGAUGUACACCAACAACAGUAACGGAUAGUGAAAACGAGACGACUAUGAUAUUCGAUGAGGAUAACAACGAGUUGGAUGACGACGAGAGAGAAGACGAGGAUGACGAAUAUAACGAUAAUAUCAAUGACGAUAAAGAGAGAGAAACGUUAUUGGUCGGUGAGGUUGCGUUUAGUUCGACGAAGAGGAAAACUUCUUUAGGUAGAUCGAAAUCCCAAAAAGUUUCGAUGAAAGGUUCGAUCGUUGGUACGAAUAUUAUAAGAACGGAAAGCAAGGACGACGGUAUGGAUUGUAAUUUUGUUUCGGAGGACGAAGAGAAGGAACAGGAACCGAUAUACGUUAAUUCCUUCAAUGAGAACAAUGCGAAAAAUUUGGAACAUUCGAAUGGUAGAGUCGUCCCUGAAAUUUCUCAGGAUUAUACAAAUAACAAUAACGAUACCUCGAUCGAAGCCGAGACGACGGAUGAACAGAAUACAGAAGAGACUAGUGGUAAUUGGUAUAGUGAUCCUGACGAAGAUAAAACUAACGACGACGUGUUCAGGCAUACUUCAUAUCGAUCGAACAGUAAUCAUAAUUCCGUCCUUGAAUGUGUCAAUCAAAUACUUUUAAGGGAUAUGGAAGACGAGGAUCGUGUAUUAUCGGUACCAAGGAGAUUUAAACACAGAGGUAGGACAGUGAGAUUUCAACCGGCCAGAUUAUCGGAUAUCGAAUCGGUUGGUUCAGAAAUGGAAAGGAAAAAUUCUGAAGAAGGAUUGAUGGAAAAGGAGACACUAAGUGGUGAUUUUAGUGAUCAAAGAUCGAUGAACGUUGCCAGUUUCGAGGCCACAGCUUCCGAGGAUGAAUAUGGCAUGAGAAUAACUCAUCCGGUUGAUCCAAACGAAGUUGUCAAUUCUACCGUAGAAUCUGUUCUCGAGGAUGAAGAACCAAAAGUUAUACCGAUCGUAAUUAUAGAGCCAAAGGUAGAGCCAGAGGAAAUAAAAAAUUCAGGCCUUGCCUCGUCAACGCAAAAGCCAAAAAUACCUAUUCAAUCGGUUAGUCCACCGCUUAGAAUGGAAAGAAUCGAAGAGAAGACGUGUUUGCAAAUGUCGACGAAACGUUUGACCAUAGCUAAGAAUCUUGAUUACGAGGACAUCGAGUCCUUGCCGGAAGUUAUAUUGCCAUCGCCUAAAACUCCACCGGCUUUACCACCGAAGCCACAAUUUCGUAAUAAUACCUUGAUAUUAAAGAAAAUACCAAGCCCAUCGUUUUUGAUUGACGAAACGAGAAAGAAAUUGUCAGAGGUAAGUUCUGCUGCUGCACAUGGGAAAAAGAUCUUCACACUUAUUGGUUCACCGAUUGAAUCUUCAUCGACGAUAACAAAGACCUCUGUUAAAAAUUUAAAUUUCGACGAGACGUCUACGAAAAAUGUUGGAAACAACGAGGAUGGUAAUUUUUGGAAAAAUCGAUUCAAUAACGUUCGUUCGUCCUUUCAAUCACGACAUUCCAACGAAAAGAAUGUCGUCCAUCGAUCACGUAAAAUUCCAAGAGUUACGAACAUAGUACGGCACUUUGAGGAAUUUAAAAUUGGUGGAGAAAAUGAGGAACGAUCUAAGGAACGUAACAAACCGAAGGAGAGAUACGUUCGUACGGAAUUCGGUCAAGAAUUCGACAUAAGACAAAACUUUGAGGAAUUUAACCUUGACGAAUGCGAUCUUUCGGAUGAUCCAAAUCGGCCAGAAGCCGAUGGUUCGGAACGACUUAGUAAUAAUCAUCUCGUAGUACCAGUUAGUCAAAAUGAAACUAAUAACGCACUGACCAAAGACAAUAAUAAUCAUCUUACGACUGCUACGAAUAAUGCGAAUACUGGUUACGACAAUUUCUUAGAAGCAACGGGUCUGAGCAACAAAUCCAUAUUAACGCCCUCGAGAUUAUUGAGUAAUCAUAAGAGUAUGCUUAAACCUAAGGACGUUAAAUAUAAGAACAAAAUAAAAGCUACGGCGAUUUUAGAAAAACAUAAUGCCUCGACGUAUAAUACUACUACGACAACGACGAUGACGACGAUGACGACAACAACGACGACUACGGCGAUGGUGACGGCAACGGCAACGGCAACGGCAACGUCAACAUCAACGGCAACAACAACGACGCCGACAACGACAACACAUGUCAGACAUUGGACUGGACCAUUCGUUUGAUGAUUAAUUAAACGCUUUUCUAAAAGUUACACUAUUUACAACAAACAAGAGGAAAAUGAAUUUGUUAAGAGAGUUUUUUGAAGAUUAAUAUUAUAAAUUAUUUUAGAUUUGAAAUAUAUCGAUUCCUGUUAUGCAAAGCUAAUUAAUUAUGCUUGCAAAGUUUUUCUGUGUAUAUGUGUGUAUGUGUGUGUAUAACUAAUAUUCUCGCUAUGUUCCGCUCGUCGUUGAACAAUUCCUAGAGAUAUCCAAUGGAUUAUUAAUUACUGUUUUUAAAAUAUACCCCAUGGUAUUUCUGUAUAAUUGUAAACAACAAAAAUUGUAGUCACUUUUAUAUUAUUAUUGUAAUAGUUCAAUUGAAAGAGAAAAGUAUUUAUAUGUGUAUGCUAAAAAAUA